AUGCAUAGCAUCUUCAAACUAAAGGAACACCCUGGCCAGGAAGCCCCUCAGGAGAUUUACGGCUACCGGCCGUAUCUUCUCGCUUUCUCGGCGUCUUGGGCCUCUGCAAUGUAUGGAUAUGACUCCGCAUUCAUCGGUGGCACUUUGAGCCUACCAUCAUUCCAAGCCACCUUCGGGCUUGCCGAAGCAACCAACAAGCAGAAGGCCGACCUAUCUUCAAAUAUCGUCUCGACCUUCCAAGCAGGGGCAUUCUUCGGUUGCGCCUUGGGUUUCUUCCUCGCCGAAAAGUUCGGGCGGAAGAAGUCCAUGAUCGCAUCCGCCUUUAUAUUUAUACUAGGUGCAAUCUUGCAAAUGGUUGGCCGCCUGGAUCUAUUGUACGCAGGCCGUGUUUUCACAGGCUGGGGAGUUGGUGCCUCAGCCAUGGUCCUCCCCAUCUACGUCUCAGAAUGCUCGCCAGCACUCAUUCGCGGACGGCUUGUGGGCGUGUUCGAGAUCAUGCUCCAGGUCGCCCUGGUCUUUGGCUUUUGGGUUAAUUACGGCGUGAACCAGAACGUCCCAGGUUCGGACCCGAAGCAAUGGCAUAUCCCAGUCGCGAUACAGUUCGUUCCCGCUGGAGCCCUCAUUAUGUCUCUCCUACCUAUGAUCGAAAGCCCCCGCUGGCUAGCUUCCAAGGGCAAGAUGCAGCAAGCUGCCAAUGCUCUCUCGUGGGUCCGCAAUCUGCCCGAGGACCACCCGUACCUGUUGCAAGAGCUGGCGCAGAUAGAGAACGCUGUGGACCAUGAGCUGGGUUCCACGGGCGGGAGUCGCAGCUGGGCGCAGAUAUAUAGAGAAAUGCUACAAAAGGGGAUUCGGAACCGCAUCGUGAUCGCCUGCGGCCUAGUCGUUUUUCAGAAUUUUACUGGAAUUAACGCAGUCAACUACUACUCGCCCACGAUAUUCAAGUCUAUCGGUGUCACAGGGACAUCAGCCGGGCUUCUAGGCACAGGCGUCUUCGGCAUAGUGAAAAUGGUGGCUACCGUCUUGUACGCAGGCUUCCUCGUGGACAAGUGCGGCCGACGACCACUGUUGCUUGUCGGAGGUGCAUUUGCCGGAUUUGCAAUGUUCUACCUCGCGGUCUACUCCAAGGUCAGCGGUUCGUUUGUGGCCACUCCUCCGCAGGAUGCCGGGGCUAGGUGUGCCAUCGCCAUGGUAUACCUUUACGCCUUCUUCUACGGGUUCUCUUGGAAUGGCAUACCGUGGCUGUUCACCUCGGAGGUUCUUCCUACACGAGUGCGGACCCUUGGCAUGACGUUCUGCAUUUGUAUCCAGUGGCUUACUCAGUUCAUCGUCGUAUAUUCUCUUCCCCACAUGGUCAUCGGCAUGACAUAUGGUACGUUCCUCUUCUUUGGAUGCUGUACGGUUCUGGCUGUGUUGUUUGCGUGGUUGUUCGUCCCCGAAACAAAGGCGGUUGAGCUAGAAGCAAUGGACCUUCUGUUUGGCCCAGACGUCUCGAUCCUCGCCUGGGAAGCCAGGGAGAGUUACGAAAAGACUGUUCGUGCAAGAGCAAGUGUACUGGGCGAGAAACAAGACGUGGAUCAUCAUGAGACAGUGUAA